CCGCAUUCAUCGCCAAUUGAUGCAGCACCUGUAACAACACAAUACAGAAAAUGGCGCACGCACGUCUUGCCAUCCGCUCCUCGAGAGCUCUUUUGUCGCUCAGCCAGCCAGCGCGAUUCUUCUCCGUCUACGCUGCACGAUGCAACGAGUUCGAAGCGCUGAACAAGCGCGCAAACGACACAGCCGACGAGUAUCGCAGGAUUCAGACAUCCAGGCCACUCAAUCCUCACAUGACCAACACCACCUCGACCAUCGCGAACGAGAUGCCCAGCGUAGGCAAAGACGCGCCGCCCCCCGAGCUGGUCACGUCCGUGGACCCAGGCUUUGCGCCGAAAGACGCAGUACCUGAGAACACCGAGCGCAUGACUGGCGGCACUCAAGGCAGCAAGAGCGAAGACGUCAGCGGGUCGAACAAGGACCUGAAGGGAACGAAUGAGCUCGGUGUCGGAGAAAUGGAAGGCGCAACCUUCAAGGUGGAGCCGCUGAGGCGAACGGGCGAGGAUGAGAACACCAUGCGGGCAAGGUUAUUAUAUCAGUGCCGCAAGAGGGGAACCCUCGAAAGUGAGCUUCUCAUGUCCACCUUCGCCGAUGCAAAUCUCGCCACCAUGACGCCUUCGCAACUCGAGCAAUUCGAUCUUUUCCUCGAUGAAAACGACUGGGACAUUUACUACUGGGCGACGCAAGAACCCACCCCGACGUCCAUGGAGACGGCCGAGGGGCAGUCUGGAGAGCUGGCCACCGAGAACGCGAAAGGCCAGGAGCAGGACGAGCAGAAGAGGGCGCCUGCGAAGGGCGAAUGGGCGCAGACGAUCGGCACUUUCAAGCCUGCUUAUCGGCCUGUGCCGGCGAGGUGGAAGGAUAGCGAGAUUCUUACUAUGCUAAGAAACCAUGUUACAAGCAGGAGUGCUGGUGGCGCACAGGAAGGAGGCUCCAAGGUUGGUGGGAAGGAUCUGGGACAGGGAACCAAGGGAACCGGUGGUUUGGGAAUGAUGCCCAAGAUCCGACAUUUCGACAAAUAGCCGCACAGGUCACUGCACUUUCUGGUCUUCCUGCAUCAUCCGCUGCUGUAAUAUAGUCAUGUAUCGCCAUCCAGCCAAUUCACUGUCUUAGCGUCAU